CCCGUCUGUGUUGACAGUAGCGUCCUGAGUGCCUGCAGAGUAUUUUGAUGUAAACGAAAUACUUUGGUGGUUUGAAGUGAAUUAGACGAGUAAUGUUGAAGGAAUUAAUGGUGGAUGAUCAGCUUUUGUCUACUCUGUUGUUUAAACGAUAUUUAAGUGGUAUUUUUUUUUUUAGCCAACAUUAGGACAACAUAGGAAUCAGUACUUUUCCCCCAAGAAACAUUUAUCCAGCAAACUUUUUGUCCAUCUGCCUUUUAACUGGGUCUAGUUGAAGUGAACUGACUAAAGUGAAACCCAGUAGGCCCAGCGGGGAGCAGUACAGGCAGGACACAAGAUGCCUCUGUUCUUCAGAAAGAAGAAACCCAGUGAUGAAUCCCAGAAGAGACUUGAGUAUCAGCUGUGUCGGUCUAAAGAGGCAGGAGCCGAUGACAUCCUGGAUAUCUCAGCUUGUGAGCUCUCAGAGGUUCCUACAAGUGCCAUUUCCAUUUGCAAGAUUGUACAGAAGAAGGUCCUCAUCGUACACAACAACCAGCUUAGGUCACUGCUUCCCAAAGGAAGUGAUAUCCUCUCUCUCGCCACUCUAAAGGUUUUGGAUUUGCAUGAUAAUAAGCUUAGUUCACUUCCAGAAGACAUUGGGAAGCUGGCCACAUUGCAGGUUUUAAAUGUUGAAAAAAAUCGUUUGAAAGUCCUUCCAGACUCCAUUGGGGACCUGAAGCUGCUGCAGACACUCAAUUUAAAAGGAAACUGUGUUAGUGAACUGCCGUCGUCUAUAAGCUCUCUGUGCAGCUUGCGUACCCUUGAUGUGAGUGACAACCUCAUAAUACAGCUUCCCAAAACCUUCGCUUAUAUUCGCACACUGGAGAGCAUUACACUUGAUGCAGCCACUAUGACCCAUCCCCCUGCAUCUGUGUGCAUGGAAGGUACGGAGAGCAUCCAGAACUUCUUGUGCGCUGAACUGGGAGAGGAUUAUUGCCCUCCAUCCCAGUAUCUCCUGCCAGUGCUGGAAAGUGACUGCGGGAAGCAAGACUCAGACUGUGUGGACAGCAUGGAUGAGGCCUGGCAGACUAAAUUCAGUGAUUAUGAAAAGAGAAAGUUGCAGAAACAGCGGGAAAAGCUGGCUUUCGAGCGGCACAGAGAAGAGAAGCAAAACGAGCACACCCAGCUUCUACUCAUGAACACCUCUCGUAAAGUAAACAUCCUCAACUCUGUUCGCCAGGAGCAGGAGCGCUUGGAGCAAGGGGUCAGCAUGCAACAGAGAGCCCAGGAGACUGAGAGGGUGCUGCUGUUGGAGAAAGUGAGACAAGCUGAAGACAACAUCAGCUGUCGCAUUAGCAACAUACUGGUGGAUGACAACCGGCAGAAAAAGAGUGCUGAGUUUCUUCAGGCUUUGGAGGAAGAUCGAAUCCGCAUGGAACAUUUGACUGCCAUCACACAGGAAGAAACCAACUCUUUGAGGAAGCGAGAGGUGGCCGCGGCCAUGCAGAAGAUGCUGUCAGACAGCUGUGCUGUGAGCCUCCUCCAAGAGGCCAGUGACUAUCGCAGACGGAGCCUUGUCUCUGAGGCCUACAGAAGUAUGGAGAAUCUGGAGAGAAAGUUUGAUAGGAUGUUGUCCCUCCAAGUUCUAGACAAAUCGAAAGCCAUUUCUCACAUUUUACAGGAGGAAGAGAUGCAGAAAGCAGCAUUCCAAGCUCUACAGUUACAGAAAGACUCUGUACACGGUUACAUCCGCAGCCAGAUCAAGCUCAUAGAGGGAGAAUUAAUGCAGCUGACAAAACUGGAGGUUAAAAGACGCAGUCUGGAUGCUGAAAACCUGCAGGAGGUGCUAGUGGAACAACGCACGGCUCUUGGUGAUUUGCUGCAGCAACUACUGAAACAGAAGCACCAGAGAGAGCAAGAGCUGCAGCAGGUUCUGGUGGAAAUGGAGCUGAAGUCGGAAUCCAACCAGCAGAACUACUGGAUGAUUCAGUACCAGAGAUUGCUGGAUGCUAAGCCCUUGUCUUUACGCAUGCAGGAAGCAGGUGUGGAAAAAGAGCUUGUAAAUCUACUGUGUAAACUGUCAGCUCAACAUUAUCUGCCCAUUAUGGCUCACCACCGUGUAACAACAGAGGCCCUUCGUCACAUGAACCCCUCUGACCUAAAGAAGCUUGGCAUUAAUGAAAUUGGCAUCCAGAAAGCUCUUCUGAAAUGGGCCCAGGAACACCUGCCUGAAGGUGCCUGUAAGAUGGUCGAGCAGAGCGAGGAAACUGAAGUCAUCCCGUCAGAGCCAUCUUUCUUCUUCCCUCCAAUUCCCGACACCUCUAGCAUCAUGACACCCAGCCCACCACUGACUCCCGGUACCCCUAUCACCCCAUCAGCACCCAGCCCUGUGGAAGGACCAGGGGGCUCAGAGUGUGUGGUCUGCAUGGAGACCACGGCUCAGGUCAUCUUUUUGCCAUGCGGCCAUGUUUGCUGUUGUCAGGUGUGCAGCGGCGCCAUGCAGAACUGCCCUCUGUGUCGAAGCGCCUUAGCCCAGCGCAUACGCCUCUACCACAGUUAGAACCCGCUUUUAUUAGUUGUGCAUGACUGCCAUGCUGCUGUGUACACGUGCUUGAGGCAGUUUUCCUGUACUAACCAAAAAUAUUUCUAUGAUAUUUAUGUCCACACCCCCACAGACUCACAUGGACACAAGUGUUUGUCGACAUAUACAGGACUGACUUAAACGGACUUCACUGCACUUUUGCAAAACAUUUCAGCAUUUCGUUGGUUUGUUAAAUCAUGAAAAUGUGAGUAUUCAAUGUUGUGUCUAUGGAUGUUCUCAUUCAUCCCGGUCAUUGUAUUCUCAGGGGUUUCAAUCGACAGCAACUGGACUGUUUAGUUUGUCUUAAAAGUCGUUUCGACUCUCAUCCGGCAGGCUUCAUCAGUUCAUUCUAAUAGACUUAGAUUGGUCAGAUCUAGUCUUAAGGCUGGUGUCAAAGCCCCAACUAUGUAUCCUCUAACCCAGGGGUCGUUGAAAGAGCCAUAUUGGACCACAAAUAAAAAAAAACAAAUCUGUCUGGAGCCGCAAAAAAUGAAAAGCCUUAAAUAAGUGUUAUAAUAAAGGCAACGCAUGAUGUAAGUGUCUAUAUCAAGAUACAGGUGAUGGAAUUCCUGCUGGGCAUUGCUGCCUGACGCACCUCCUCCAGUGGCUUUUGAACAGGUGUGCUGUGACUGUGGGCAUAAACGUGUCAUCAGUUAGUUAUAUUAGCCUGACUAUGUGUUGCAAAUCUUUGUUGACAGAAAUGUUCAAAUGUAAUAUUUAUUCUACACAUUUUUACAACAUUGGAAAACAUAAGUAAAACUUAUCAGAGGGUGAAAUAAUUCCUGGAAAUGACUGUCUUAGAAUGGCCGAAGGUAUAGAUGUUUGUGUCCAAGUUAAAGGAAACACAUGGAUUUAUUACAAUCUUUGCAAGCUGAGUAACGUUUGCUGUGGUCUGGAACAACAUGGCACAAAAAACAACUAUCAGAAAUGCAGCCAAUAUUACAUACAGAUAAUGUGCCAUGAGACAUGCAAAUAUAAAUUAAAUACACAGAGGACAUAAGUAAAGGAAAUUAAAUGAGCUCAAACAAGGCAUCAUGGUUCUAGCCCACAUAGCAUGUUAGCAUGGGUUAGCUUGCAGUCAUGCAGUGACCAAAUAUGUCUGAUUAGCACUCCACACAAGUCCAUAACAUCAACAAAGCUCACCUUUUGUGCGUUCACGCACAGCAUAAAACGUUUGGUGGACAAGAUGAGACAAAAGAGUGGCAUAAAACACGUCUUUCUGUGGCAGCGUCUGAGAGAGUAAACAAAUGGUGAGUUCAAGGACCGCGGAAAUUAAUAGGACAAAACGGCGCUCGCCAAAUACUCUGAUCGGUGAACCAUGUUUAAUAUAAACAGUGGGAUUUCUAACAAUUCAAAAGGUUUGAGUCAUGUUUGUCCUCCUACAGAAACCAUAUUAAAACAAACUUUUUCCAUUUUCGUACAUUUUUGAAAAAGCUCCAGGUAGCCACUCGGGCAGCGCUAAAGAGCCGCCGUGUGUUGCCAACCCCUGCUCUAACCAGAGAAGGGCGUGCUCAGACAAGGAUGGUUUUGCUCUAUUGUGGUGAAAAAAAACCAUGUUAUUCCAUUUAGUUGUAUGAAAGGCACAAGGAGGACACUUUGAACCAGAAAGUUCCUACUGAAUCUCCUGUUUUUUGUUGGAGGCUAAAAUUGUCUUUUAGAAAUGAAAUAGUUUAAAUAUUGUGUUGAUUGUUGCACUGCCUUCCUGUGUUUUUCUGUUGAUUAUAAUUGUGAAUAAAAUGACCAAUAUUGCCCCUGUAACUACAACGUGUUGGAUCGAUGCCCAAAUCUAUGGUACGACCCACUACUAUAGUUCACUUCCCAAACAGUAAAGUGAUUUAGUUUUUUUUUCAGAACAUAAAAGUCAAUAACACUUACCACAAAUAAGUCAUAAAAUGUACAGUUAAUACAUAUGAUCGUAUUGGCUUAACUCACUUAUGAUGGAUCAGUAAGGAUGGGUACCAAUUCCCAGUACCUGGCAAACGAUACUAGUACUCAACGGUACCAAUUUUCUGUACUUAAGUGUGUGUUAAUAAAUAUUAAUAAUUUUUGAUAAUAAAAUCUAAUUUUUUAUUGCAACAUUUA